GUCUGGAUCCCCUUUAUAGCUGGCCUUCCUGAAGCUUGGAAACAGCCCUAAAAAUGUUUUGGAUGCGGCCUGUCUUGCUUAACUGUCUGGCUGUGCUGUUCAUCCUCAAAUUGUUCCACAAAGCUGACAGUACGACUUUGUCUGAUGGCAAGAAAGCAGCAGGUCCACAAGGUGAGCUAAAGGGGAUUUUCAUGCAAGAGAGGGAUGCCACUAACUUCUUCAGGCGCCGUAACAGAAGGGCAGUGAAAUCACAGGAUGAGAUCAAUGCUGAGCUGAGACAGAGGCUGGCAGCUGAUGAAAGGAAGAGAGAAUACCAUGAAGAGCGGAUGAAUCAGUUUGAGACUUAUGCUGAGGAAGAGCAUGAUGAGCAAGACGAGAGGACCCAAGAGAAGACUGAGCAGUGGAGAGAAUUCCACUAUGAUGGCCUUGACCCAUCUCAUGAGUAUAACCAGGGCACCAUUUAAAACCACCCAGCACAGGUUUUGUAUAUUAAAAUGUGCUAAUGAACAAAAAUAAUGGUCCCAAACAAUUGCAUAAUGCAUUAAAGCACCUUCACCAGCAAGUAUUCAGAUUUGUUUACUAGAAAAAGGCCUCUUCUUCUAUCUUCAGCGGGGCUUUUGACUCACUUGGGUCCAAGCUACAGUGCCAACCACUGGGGAUCUUUUAAACAACAGUUACUUAUGCUGUUUAAAAAAUGCAAAUGGAAGAGUGAAAGGCUCUGAUAUCACAUAAAAUGGUGUUUUUUCCAACUUAUGAUUUGAUUUACUAA